CACUUAGAGGGAGAUGCCUUUGGGUUUAAUGCGAAUUCAUUUGAGUAAAAGUGUUUGAUAAAAAUGUUUCAUGUUCCCUGAUGCGUUCCCGGAGCGCCUCACGCCCCCCGAUGUACGCCACUGCCAGUUAUUGUCACUGCUAUAGGUUUUCUUCUUCUCCGCUCCUCUCGACGCGCAUUGGACGGGCUGACAAUGCGUAAGCUCCACUGAAACUGUAGCCUAUAGCCUGUCUGCACAUGCAUAGACAGAUGAAGGCUUGAAAUCGGACUUUGGCAGAAUAUUUAAACCACCUGGUGCCAAAGUCUAAUUAGAAGUGGCAGCUGAACAUUUGGCUCGGAGAGUAGAGCUCUGUGCGCUCCGCUGUGGCUGCAGGGUGCUGCUGGAGUUGCGCUCGGUCAGGACUUCACAGAAUCCCGAGGGUGCCUGGGUGUGGAUGUAUGCUGACCUGUAUGCUGUUGCGACUUUAAGUUCUCCACUUUUAUAUAUAUCUCAACGCACAUGAUGUCGGGCGGGAACUGCUUUUAUUCGUCACAAAUUGUUGGACUAUACGCACACAGCAGCCAACUUCAGGAAACCGGUGAUGUGGAGGAUACAGAGCAGACAAACUGAGCAACUGAGGGAAAAGGAUUGAAUACAUUUUCAGUUGGGGGGGUUUUGUGGGGAUAAAAUUGAUUUGGAACUCUGAGAGAAUUGUUAUGAAAAUGUAUCGCAGCAGACGUUUCGUUGUGGUUUUACCAGCCAUCUAAGCGUCUUCUCCUCCAAACAUGCUUCAGAGAGUGAUGCAAAGCUGCGCGCAAGUUCCUUCUCUUCAAUAUUUGAUUUUUUCUGACAAAAACAAGUUGAUAAGACAGGACUGAAGAGGCUCUCGAAAAAACUUGUUCACACGCGCUAUGAUUUUUUAGCAUUUGCAUAUGACUGGAUGAGGCAUGACAUUUUACCAGAAAAGAUGCUUUUUCAUUUUUUACCACCGAUGCCGCAAGUAGGAUUUUUUCCUUUUAUUUAAGCCACUUCGGCUUCCAUACAGUUUUUUGGGGGGGAUUCUUGUUUUCCUAACGGCUUUAAGAAACAUGUUGCAUAUCCUCGCGCUUCAGUCGGCGCUGUUACUUUUGGGAGUAGCCGACUGCCGAGUCUUAGAGGGACUGCAGAGAUAUUCCUCCAUCCCCACAUACCUGCCUGUCAACUACCAGCUGCUCAGCGCUGACUUGGCAUUCUUCCUGAAGGAAGCCAAUCAGGAUUUCAUGAGGAACUCUAGCCUGAUGUCACGGACUGAGCCCUUCUUCAUCUACCAGGCUAGAAGUUUGCCCUCGGUCAAUGCUAGCUAUGGACCUCUCUCUGUGGAGCAGCCUGUCCCUUUAGAGCUCCUGCAGAGCCCGGGGACUUUUCCCGCCUCCUCUGUUUUCACCUUCAACUGGAAGGUGCAGACCUUUAUCAUGAAUACCAGAAUUCACCUGGCCAAGCCCAAAGUCCAGGUUCUGUUCUAUAUUGUGGGCCGGGACUGGGACGACUACAGUGCCAUCGACAAGCUGCCCUGCGUGCACAUGUUUGCUUUCCAUGAGACCCAGGAGGUACGCGGUACUUGCCAGCUGAAAGGGGAGCUGGGCCUGUGUGUGGCUGAGCUGGAGCCACUGGCCAGCUGGUUCAGCCCACCCAGCGUAGUGCCAGGACGCCAGAGAAACCUUGAAGUGUCUGAGGGCACCCCAGUGGAGCUGUACUACAUGUUGCAGUCUACGGAAGCGGGAGAGUGCCACUCGGAGGAGGCCAGGAAGGACAGCUUCAUACGUUCGAGCCAGGAGGGGCUGUUUGGUUCCUUCACCUCCACACCGCUCAAGAGGAUCGGCGGUGUGAGGCUCUACCAGAACCCCACUCCUCCUCCCCUUGUUGAACAUAGGCUGGAUAAUAACUUUAUGGUCAUGGUUCCAGCUACACCCAUGAGACAGAGGGAAACCGUCUCUGCUUUUAUCACGGUGUCAGCCUACUCUCCCGUGGAGAUGUUUACUCUCAGAGUUAAGCUGAAAGAAGGAGUGACGUUUCUAGGGGCUCGUCCAAGCAACCCGACUCAAUGGAUAGUCAGCCAGGAUGUGAGGAGUGAAGGCCACCGGGUGGUGACUCUGCACUGCCGCAGGAAGGAGUCCAGCUAUGAUCAGCAAAGGUCUGAGAUGGGAGUUCAGAGGGUGCUCCAGGUGGAUCUGAAAAUGGAAAGCUUCCCAGAGCCGCUGGGCAGCCGCUGGAUGGCCUGGCAGGUGGAGUACCCGGCCACUCGUGCUACAACACAAGAGGUUGAGACCGAGAUCCGCCUGGCGCAGGAGGACCUAGCAGGCAUUGUGCCCCUGGCCAUGGACUCUGAGAUUUUGAACACAGCAGUGCUGACUGGGAAGACAGUUGCUGUCCCAGUGAAGGUGGUGACCAUUGGAAUAGACACCUCUGUUACUGAUGUCUCCGACGCAGUCAAGUGUCGCUCUACAGAUGAAGAUGUAGUCAAGGUGUCAGACAGGUGUGACUACGUUUUCGUGAAUGGCAAGGAGAUGAAGGGCAAGGUGAAGAUGAUGGUGAACUUCACCUACGGAUACCUGAGCGCUCAGCUGGAGCUCACCGUGUGGAUCCCUCGACUCCCCCUCCAGAUUGAGGUGUCAGACACGGAGCUCAGCCAGAUCAAAGGAUGGAGGGUACCCAUCAUGGCCCCCAGUCAGAGAUCCACACGGGACAGCGAGGACGAGGACGAUGAGGACAGACGAGGACGAAGCUGCACUCUGCAGUACCAGCACGCCAUGGUUAGAGUCCUGACCCAUUUUGUAGCCGAGUCAGCUGAUCCUCGAGGCCAGACGAGCUUCAUGUUGGGCACUGAUUGGCAGGUGGACAUCACAGAGCUGGUGUGGGACUUCCUGAAGGUAGAAGACCCACAGAUUGCACAGUUACUGGACAGGAGGAUACUGAUGGGACUCGACAUGGGGAUGACCACUAUCCAGGUGUUGUCCCCUUUGUCAGACUCGAUCCUGGCAGAGAAGACCGUCACGGUGGUGGAUGACAAAGUCACCAUCACGGAGCUGGGGGUCCAGCUGGUGACAGGGCUCUCCAUGAGCCUGCAGCUCAGUCCAGGAAGCAACAGAGCCAUCCUGGCUACCACGACCACACAGGAGGUUCUGCAGAGCCCCAAGCAGGAGGCCUUGAUCAGCGCCUGGCUACAGUUCAGCGAUGGCUCUGUGGCUCCUCUAGACCUGUACAAUCCGGACUUUUUUGUCUUGACAGCCACCUCCCUGGAUGAGGAAGUAGUGACAGUGCAGCAGGACCCCUCGUGGAAAUGGCCUGUCAUUGUGACGGAGGCAGAGGGCCAAGGCCUGCUGGUCAGGGUGGAAAUGACUGUUUGCGAGCUCUGCCAGAAGUUCAAGCGCCGCAGCAUCCUGGCAGCGGGGAAUUGUAACAUCAGGGUGAAGUUUGGUCAUAGUGACACCUCAAGGGGAGGAAGCAGUGACUAUGGCCCAGAUGGAGACGAUAUGGAGAACAGAGGCCGGCUCUCACCCUCCCAAGACAGGACUGGACUUAACACCCACUACUAUGGCAGCUCCAUCUCUGACAUGGAGGAUGGGGUGUUGAGGAGAGCCACCACCACUAGAAGCGCAAUAAUGCGCAGACCCAAUGGGGAUAAACUUUCAGAUGAUGGUAGCCAAAACAUGCCAAUUGACUUUGCUGACUUCCCUGCACAAGUGGACCUGCCCCGUGGCCGCAACAUGGACGAUGACCUCAUUCAGACAGCUCGCGGGCUCACAGACCUGGAGAUCGGCAUGUACGCCCUGCUGGGGGUCUUCUGCCUCGCAAUCCUGGUCUUUCUCAUCAACUGCAUCUCCUAUACCCUGAAAUACCGCCACAAGGAGCUCUCCAUUGAGGGGCAGGAAAACAUGAACCAUGCCCAUGACUGGGUGUGGUUGGGGAACGAGGCAGAGCUGCUGGAGAGCCAAAUCAGCCUGUCGCCACAGCAGGAGGAACAAACCUCCAUGAUGGACUCAAGCAGCGGCCUCGAGGAGGGCAGCCACUUGCUGAACGGAGGCUCAGCCCAGAAGAAUGUGCAGGGCCAAGUGCACCGGACGGCAGACACAGGCUGCAUAGCCAAGGACAGCAAAGGAGACUCGCCCACCACCAAGAGGAAGCGUGUCAAGUUCACCACAUUCACCACCAUCCCCUUGGACAAUAGCUACCCCACUGUUAACACACUGACUGGAAGCCACAGCCAGGACAUUAAGUGGGUGUGCCAAGACGUGGAGCUGGGAGACUCCAAGGAGUUGCGCAAUUACAUGGAAAGGUUAAAUGACAGUGCUUUAAAAGAGGUGGCAUAAUGUACAGUGUGCACUUGUAACAAACUCACCCUUAUGCCUUUCAGAGGAAAGUGGUCUGGACAGAACCUGGACCCCUGAGCAGGUGAAAAAGGAGGAAAUUUACUUCGGAAUCACCCCAAACUGCCAAAGGGUCAUUAAAUUUAAGAGGACUGAUUCCACAAGGGACUGAUGAUGAAUCACUAAUGAAACAUAUGUCAGUGAACGAGGACGUCAGGUGGUUCUUUUUUUCCCAUUUGUUGAUCAGAUGAUUACCUUUUUAGCAUCAUUUUAUUACUACAGGGUUUAGAUAGAAUUCAAGUUAUGAUCCCAGGACCGAUCGGCAGCAACUAUGAUCCGUGAUAUUCAGAUGACAUGUAGAUUUGAAAAAGAACAGUAACAUAACUAGAUAGAUGUCCCGAAUGUGUGUGCACAUUAAAUGGUUUUGGAAGUUUUGUAACACUUUGGAUAUUAAUUUCUUAUGCCAGAUCCUUAUUCUGUGGAAGAGUUUUGGAAAGGCCAAAGCAAGCCAAGAGAAAUUUCUGCAUGUCGUUGGGAAAAAAAAAAAGAAAAAGGCACAACUGUCUGGUUCAUUCUCAUCCUCCUUAACACGGCAGAAGACCUGUUAUGUAUAUACUGAACAGUCUCCAAAGCAUUGUAUUGUUGCUCUGUAUAUUGUAUUUUCAUAACAUUUAAGGAAUACACAACAAUGUCAAGA